AUGUCGUCCGAUCGCCACCGAUCCGUGAACUGGAGAGCUCGCAUUCAGUCCGAGCUCGUCACCUUCCAUGGAUCAGAACAGCAAGCACGAUGGGACCCCUUUGAGAGUGGAAGGUUCUCAAGCCAGCAGGAGAUCAAUGCAUUCUACUCCGGACAGAGAAUGCGAGCUCAUAACAUUCACGACCGCGAACGGGCCGCUGCCUGGCUUAUCGAGCAGGCCCUUGGCCCAAACCCGGAGGCGAACAUCCGACUCACAGGCAUGGUAAUGCAAGAUAAGACCGUUACUCGUCAAACUGGCGUCCAACAGGUCCCCAGAGACAUAUACCAUGCGGUCCUCACAGAUGGCCAGCAGGAUGUGGACGCAGAGGAAGGAAAAGAUGCGAAAGCAACAAAUGGCGACGAUGAAGUAACACAGACGGUCGGUGCAGCGGCACAAGCGGUGCUCUCCGCAAGCCCCAACAGCCUGGGCCCUCCGAUUACUCCUUGCGCGACAUACCUGCGGAUGACCAAGUGCGGCGAAUAUGGACGCAACAAGUCGAAUGUCUGGAAGUCCCCCUUGUUCACAAAUCUGGACAAUGAGGAUGGGAGACGGGGCUUGCUUGAUCACCAGGUCACAGGAAUUGUGUGGAUCAUGCAGAGACUUUUCGGUGAACUCCCACGACUUCGAUUCACAGACCCCGACACCGGCGAAGAAGAUCCCAAUCCUGAGACAGCCCAUGAAACAGAGAACCGAGAGAGACUAAGGGGUCCCAAGUACUCUGGCGGAAUCUAUGCUGAUUCAAUGGGCUUGGGCAAGACAUUGACUACCAUCAGCUGUCUAGGACUGGUAGUCGACCAGCAGCUCAAUUGGGUUCAGGAAAUCAAUGACGUUAUUGACGAUUUCACUAUUCGUCAUAUCGUGGUAUCCGGGAAGGGAGUACAAGUACCAAGGGACCAGAACAGGAUUGUCAGUGUUGAGGGCAGGCAGUUCAACAAAAACUGGCCUGCGGACUUGAAGUACAUUUGGGACGAGAUGGACCCUCAAGCCGCUCAAGCUGUGCUUGUCAUGACAAUUGACACCUGGUCAGGUAGGACAUGCAGCCAAGACACUGAUGCUGAUGCCAUGUGGCACUCGAGCUUCACUGACUGCAGACGCGGCUUUUCUGUUGUUGUCGUGGAUGAAGCAUACAAGAUCAAGAACUCUGCCACGCGAAACUGGAGAUCGGUCCAGCUCUUGAAACGGGAGUCCACCCUCCUCAUAACGGCAACACCAUGCAUGAAUAGCCUAACAGAUUUGCUCGGCCCUACAAGGCUUCUUUGGCCUGGAGCAUUGGCACAUCUGAAACAACAAGGCACAUGGGAAAGAAUCAAAGCGGAGAUAACAAGUUUGCAAGAUCUAGCGGAACUUGAAGGGCUUGAUUCAUGGGAUGACUUUCAACUCGUUGCAGGAAGACCUGCCAUACUAUCCAAGAUGCUCCACAAAGAAAGAGGUGCCAGAAACCACAACAUCCAGUUGACACGCGAAUAUCUGAAGUAUCUUGAGACCCUAGCAAUGCUGAGACGAUCAUCCAGCUCAUUCCUAUACUACGGCUGGGACAAGAAGAUGUCAGUAUCCCUUGAGGGACUUUUCCCCCACGUAGACCACUACACGGUAGACAUUCAGCCGGGUGCCACCUUCGAGCGAUUGUAUCAGGAAAGACACGUAGACCUCUUCAUAAAGUAUAUGGAAGUCAUGAACGAGUGGUCUUCCAAGCAGAACAAGAAAAAGGGCUCAGUAGACAAGAAGAUACUCCAGUCGGCCGUCACCACGCAUCGACAUUUCCAAAUCGCGGCAUCCUCAAUGGAUGUGGAUCGGCUUGAAGAGCUAUUGUCUGCCAAUGACUUCGGAACCAAGGCAGAGCACGUUGCCACGAUGCGCCACAAAGGAGUGAACUUCCUUCGGUUGGCCCAGUUCCUGCAAGAGCGAGGCGGUCCAAAGCCAGAGAAGUGUGUUGACUUUAUCAGCCUUGCCGUACAGAACUCUCCUAUCUUGUGGUAUAUACUCUACUACAUUAAGGAGAACAUCCUCGACAGACCCAAGAACGCCAAGAUCAAGAAACUCCUCAUCAUCGAGAACGUCCCCAUUCUCGCCUUCUAUUACGAGCUUGUUCUUCAACUGCUCGGCUUCAACUGCCGUGUUCUGCACUCCGACUUGAGCAAUGAAUCAAGACAGGAGCUGAUCGAGAGCUUCAACAGCGAUAAAGUCGAUUCCACUCAGCUACUUAUCCAGAUGUAUACGGUCGGAUUUGCUGGCACGAACUUGCAUAAGAACUGCCAUUUGGUAUUGAUCGCAGCUCAAGCCCAUGCCUUCGCUGUUCAGUGGCAAACGAUCCAUCGCGUCAUCAGAGUGGGCCAAAUGUCCGAUGUCAAGGUCUACCGUAUCAAAGUCAACAACACCUACCACGCCUUCCGCGAGAGCCGACAGUUGGAAAAGCUCCUUCCCGAAUUAGCCUCUCGAGCCGAAACACCCGUCCUGGUCAAGCUGCUGAAUCUCUUCCAGCCCGAGGUCGACAAGGCGUGGCUAUCUCCAGAGGCAAAGCAGUUGAUGGAGGACAAGAACCUGCUCUCAGACCGGCCUGAUAAUAUGCUGGAAGAUCAAGAGGAGCAAGCCGACGAAGAACGCGACAAGAAGAGGGUGAAGCUAGAGGGCGAGAGUACUGUCCGUAUCAAACAUGAAGAACCAGAUGAUAGCGCAGAAGAUCCGGAUGAUGACGAAGAAGCAUCAGACGACGAUUCCGAUGGUGCGCCUCAGGCUGAAGAAGAUUCACAUCCCGGUUCUUCCACGAACUCCAAAGUCGUUGCUGCAAAGCGUAAGCGAGACGAGCCCGAAGACAUCCCCGAAGAACUAGAUGGCCAUGCAGGUUGGUUCAACGACUUUGACGAAAACGACGAGGACGCCGCCUUCCUGGUCCUGCGAACGCGCGAGGAAUACUACGACGAAAUCAAGCGCCUUCCUAGAAUGGCGAAGAGCUUCUUCGAACACAAGAAGAACGCCCUGCGCCGACUCCUGUCAUAUGGUAGUCCAAAUAAGAACGCGGAAACCCGCGUCUGGACCGCUGACGACCUCAAAGAGCACGCCGUUCUCGAACGCGCUCUCGAGCUGACCAUGAAAGUCAAGCUGGGAGCUGCGGAUGACAUCGCCAUGCUUCCCCAUCCACAGAUUGAUCUCUCGCUCGUUCCGGAGGAGAAGCGCAAGAAGCUGCAACGUCUCCUCGCCCGAGCUACCAACACAGACCAGGACUUUCAUGCCGCGGCCGAGCCGACCGUCAAGAAGAGUCUGUUGGAAAGAGAGAAUGGCGCGGACCACAAGGCCUCUCUCGAUCGUAUUGAGUUUCGACAAGAGGCUGAAACUCUGUACGGAGGAUCGAGUGCGAAGGCCAAGACUGCAAUGGAAAAGCAUGUCAGAAGACUUGCUGGGGAGGAAGUCUCGGAUGAUGAUGGCGAGGAAAUCCUCAUGGGAGGUAUCCCUGAUGCCGACCAGGGGUAUGAGGAAGACGAUGAGGACCAAGGUGACGAAAUUGAUGAGGCUGAGAUGAUUGACGACACUAUUAUUGACAAGGUCACCGAAAAGAUCGCCGACAAGGUCAUUGAAAACGCUGCCGACAACGUUGCGGACAAUGAUGUUGACAGUGAUCUUGAGAUCAUCCUUUCCUUCACGGAAAAGAAGAAGCCCGUCAUCGUGAAGCACGAGAAUCCCGUCGUCAUGAAGCGGGAGAAGAAGACGAAGGAGGAGGGGGAGGAGGAGAAGAAGAAGGAGGAGGAGGAGAAGCCCAUCCUCGCGAAUCAGAAGAAGAAGCGCGUCGCCCCAGAGGUCAUCGACCUGGAUGAUGAUUCUGACAAGGGUUUCUCCUCCUCAAAGAGAUCCUCUUCAAAGAGAUCUUCCUCCAAGAAGUCCUCCUCUUCUUCCCGCAAAGGCUUUGCGGGCUUCAACCCGGCAUGGGAGAAUGCUUAA